AUGGAUGCGGAUGCGUCCUUGACCAACCCAAAGGGAAACGUACCAAGCACAGAUGGGAAUGCGUCAUCUCUUGGAGUCGACACGGCAGAAGAAGCGCAGAGACUGGCCAUCCAGCAUCGAGUCUAUGCCCUGGUUGGAACCUAUGCAUAUAUAGAUGAGCAUCCAGAGAUCAUCGAGCAGUAUAAUGCACUCGUUCAAGUCUCAGAGAUCCCAGAGAAGCCGUCGCGUCUGCACGAUUUUAUCGACAUCCUUCCCAGCGAGAUCAGCCUCAAGAUUAUCACAGAGGCGCUCGACGUCAUUACUGCCGAGCACCUCCUGUUGGACCGACUUCUCGCACUUACGCUUGUCAGCCGCCGAUGGGCAAAGGCGCUGUGCAACGCACCGAGUCUUUGGGGCCAUAUUCUCCUCGCGGAGAGACCUGGAUUGGAAGAUGCAAUGGCGGGUUUAGUGACUGCACUUACACUCUCUCGCGAUUCACCCAUCUUUCUAUUCGUUGCGGAGCGGGUGACAGAGUGGGACGUUAUUCUCCCCGUUUUGCAACCUCAUGCGAAGCGGAUAGUGUCUAUUCACAUCAUCUAUGGAUCCAAUUCGGGGCCAUUCACCAAAGUUAAAGGGCCAUGGGCUCUUCAUUUGAUUCCGACCCUUUUGCCGCUGGACAAUCUCAAAGUGCUCGACGUUGGGUAUGCAGGCCUCACUCGAAAAGAGAGGAAAAUCUUGAAGAGUUGCCUUCCCCAACCCGCUGCAACUACAAUCGUCGGGGGUGGAUGGUGCGACCUCACACGAGUUGCUGACUAUACCAAAUGCGAGGGGAUCAAUAUGCGGUACUCUGGCCAAACAAUGGAGGAGGUUUCAGAGAUACUGGGUGGCUUUACAGCAAUGACCUCCCUACGCCUCUCCUCUAUGGGGCCGAAUUCGAAUGGAUACUGGAGCCAGUCGGAAACCCUUCUACCGCAGCUGCAAAGUCUCUUUGUGGACGCCAAAGUCCCGGAAGAGCUGGCACUCUACUCGAUGCAGGCAUCCACAAACAUUGUCACACUGGAGGUCUCCCUUACGCCAGCGCUUCUGAUCGAAUUGGGAAUGAUCCUUGAUCAAUUUCCGAAUCUGGCCGAUGUUACAUUGCGCGCGAGACUCGACUUAUCUCUACGUGUACCAUUGUUCGACCUCGCCACGCUCCAAGUAUCCAAGGCGAGGAGUAUGGUCUUUCAGCAUAACUGGCCACACAGGCGGCUCACCUUUAAUGACCUCGCGGGUGACGUGGAUGUAAACAAUCAACCUACAGGAGCAGUGUCGGACACUGACAGCAUCACAAGCUCUGUCGAAUGGGAAGAUGCAGGGGAUGAGCAGGUCCAACAAGUGGAUAUGACUGAGGGAGAAGAGCUAUCUAAUGACCCUUUCGGUGCACUUAUUCAGGGCGCUGCAGUAGACAGCGACUCGUCCAGCUCCUCCGAAUCCAACCACGCCUACAGCAUUGACUUUGAAUAUGAAUCGGAGACAGACGAGACUCCAUACAUCUUUUCCCAACGCAUGGAGCGCCUACGGUUCUUCUUUGGUGUGCUCGAAGUGUGCUUUCCACGGCUGCAGAGGCUCUACAUUGGACUCCCUCCAUCCAAAGAGGUGCCGGCUCUGUUCAUUCAAUCACUCCACGAGCUCAAGUCAAUAUCACUCAAUGCAAGCAUGCACGUCGUGUCCCCCGCACCAAUACAGGUGAUCACGCAUGAGACCCUGGAGGCGGUGAAGGUCUGGCAUCGCUAUCGCUCAACCGAGCCGACACCCGUCGGAGCACUCUUCCGUGGCCCAAAAUUGUUGAAAGAUGACACCUACCCUUUUACCCCGAGGUGCUAUAACUUUUUCCCGGAGCCCCUACGGCACAACACGUGUAAGAACAACGUGACUGGGAUCGACGAAGAUGCAUUUGGCCAACUGACGAGUGUCGGGAUGCCAUGGUUCCACUGGCGACUCGACCUAUUGACUUCGGUGCGGACUAUUUUCCUUAACUCAACAGGACUGGAGGGCAAUCCAACGGAUCUAUUUAUUCAUUUGAUCUACAAGCCGGAACUAUGUCCUAAUUUGGAGGAACUCAGCAUGUCGCAAUGUCCUGAGUGGGAUUACUUGUUCAUCAUGCUCGAACGACGAAACCUCCUGCCCAACUCCAAAGUCUCGCGCAUCAAGAAGUUAUCGCUACCGGCAGUCCCAGCGUAUGUGAUCCUCAAUCCUCUUACCCACCUUCUUCGUGGCCAAGUGGCACCUCGUCCGUCCAACCAAACAUUAUCAAUAGCAGGGAGAAUGAAGCAGAUCUGGAAUACUAAGAGACCCGGCUGUUCGUCUUGUUGCUGGCUGAUGUACACGUGCGACAUACCGAUAAAGACGUUGAGUGGCGAGAUGUUGAGACAAGCAGAAUGGUCUGCCAAGUAUACGCUGUCGCGGUUUGACUUUGGGAGACGACAGGCGCCGCCAGCAGCAGAGCCGCCGCUGGAACCGAUGACGGCACGGUAUGUGAAGGGGAGAGAAAAGCGAGAACGACAAUGGGCUGGCUACAUCCCAAAGCGGGGAUUUGACCAGUACGAACGACGGCCGUAUGCAUGUGCUGCACGUAAUGGAGACUCGAUGGUGGUGAUCACAGGAGACACGCUUGCAGGGCUCCCUGUUGGCUAA